CGUGGUCACGUGGCCAGAGAUUAUGGCGAGCUCCUCCACAGGCGUGUUUCUAUGGAGAAGCGCUGUUAAAGACGGCUGGGAAAGGCCGUAGUGGACGGUUGGAUUGAGCAGCUUGGUGUCUGUGAGCUGAUAGGGUUGAAGUUUUAGUCAGCAUGUCCUGGGUAAUGGCGGUACCGCAAAGCGAUGAUGUUUAUGAUGAGGACAUAGAUGAACUAAGUCUUCAAAACAAAGAAUGGAGAUUCAUGAUGGAAAAGCGAGCUAAGGACGGUUUCAGGGAUGGAAUUGACGCAGGCAAAGAGGCUUCCCUUCAGCAGGGCUUCAACUUGGGCUACAGGGAAGGCGCUGUUAAAAUGAAGGCUAUUGGCCGAUUCAAAGGAAUUGUGAGUGCUCUGCGGUGUUGGUGUCAGUUACAGCCAUCAAUGAGCUCUGAGCCAAUCACACAGCUGCUCCAGAAAGUAGAGGAACAUGAAGAAUGCCUAUUUGAGGCCAUGCGCAAAGCUCAGGAGCUUCCUCUUCCCAGUGUAUCAGAGCUUGUUGGAGAUAUGGAUGACCUGGGUGUAGGUCAGAGUGAUUGUGGAGACUCUGACCGCUGCAGAAAUUACGAAGAUGGCGAACGUUGCCGGGAAGGACCGAGUGACUGCUGUGGACAUGAUAAGGACAUUAGUGAGAAUUCAGCUGGGAUUCAUGCUGAGAGUUUGUUUGUGAAGGGUGAGAGUCUGGAGCAGUUACUUCAAAGGUGUAUGGCACUUGUGACUGAAAUGGGACUGCCUGAUGAGCUGAGGCUCCAUAUUCAACAGCUCAGACCCACAUGUAUUUGACUUGAAUUUAUUAUAAUACAAGUGAGCCUCAGUUUCAUGACCUUAUGUUUCUGUUAGACUUUUACACACACCGUCUAAAUAAAUUAUUUCCAGAAAAAUAAAUUCCCUAUGUAGUGUUUUGUGUCCCAAAAAAAGACAGACAUACAAUUUGGAAAGCCAUAUGAAAAGAUGCAUAAAGCAAACUGUUCUACAUUUGAGUGUUAAGAUGUUAAAUGUACCUUCUGUUUCAUAAAGAACAUUUUUAGAAACCCGAUUUUUUUUAUUCACUGAUCAUAAAAUAACCUUUUGCACAGACAUAGCGUCUAUGUCCAAAACUGUAUACUGUAUGUUGGGAUUAAAAUGCAACAGGGUGUGCUGUUAUAGGAAAAUAAUCAGUGCCUGGGUGGUGUGCUGUAGCUCAAUGCAAAACUCAAGUACACAUUUGAUUCCUAUUUAUACCAUAGCGUUUUGCCAACAAUAACCUUUUGUUUGUUAAGAAUAGCCCAUUAUAAUUUCUUACAUUUAAUUUUUUAAUGCUGUAGAACUGUAAAACA